AUGUCUCACGCCGCCGAAGAGAAACCUGUCGUCGAACAGGUAUCCCGGAUUUCCGAUGAGGAAAAGGGGUCUGGGCUGGACGACUUUGCUCGAAAGUCCAAACUCGCUCUCUUUGAAGACCCUGAUGAGGGUCUCAGUGACGAGGAGCGGGCCAAGAUUGAUCGCGCUCUGCUCUGGAAGCUCGACCUGAAGCUGAUUCCGUGGCUGAGCCUGUUGUAUCUGAUCUCGUUCCUGGAUCGGACCAAUAUCGGCAACGCGAAACUCGCCGGCCUGCAGAGAGACCUCCACUUGACCAACGACCAGUACAACAAUUCGCUAACCAUCUUCUUCAUCUCGUACUCGGUCUUUGAGCCGAUCACCAACGUGCUGCUGAAAAAAUGGCGACCGAGCAUCUUUAUACCCACGAUCAUGCUGGGAUGGGGCGUAUGUAUGGCGCUGAUGGGUAUUGUCAAGAAUUAUUCUGGUUUGAUGGCGGUCCGAUGGUUCCUUGGUCUCACAGAAGCCGGUCUCUUCCCCGGUGUCGGAUACCUCCUGUCGUGCUGGUAUAGGCGAGCGGAGUUUGGUGUCCGCAUGGCUAUCUUCUUCUCCGCGGCUGCUCUUGCGGGUUCCUUCGGAGGGCUCCUCGCGGCCGCUAUCGCGCAGAUGGAUGGUAUUGGCGGCAAGCCGGGCUGGUCAUGGAUUUUUAUCCUCGAGGGUCUGGCCACCAUCAUCGUAGGCCUUUUGUCCUUCUGGAUGGUGUAUGACUUUCCCGAUGAAGCCAAGUUCCUGUCCGAUGUGGACCGCAAGCGUGUCCUGCGCCGUCUGGCCGAGGACCAACAGGCUAGUGCCGAGCACGAGCAGUUCAAAAUGACCUAUUUCUGGGCGAGCUUGAAGGACUGGAAGACCUAUACCAGUGCUAUCAUCUAUAUGGGAGCAGAUGGAUCCUUGUACGCCUUCUCGCUCUUCGUCCCAACCAUCAUCAACCAACUAACAGGAUACACGGCUUUCAAGGCACAGCUGCUGAGCGUCCCCCCAUAUGCCGCAGCGGCCAUCGUCACGAUCGCGGUAGGUUUCAUCGCAGAUCGAACCCGCCAACGUGGCCUUUGCAACAUUGUCGUCUCCCUCUUCGGUAUCGUCGGCUUCGCGAUGCUCCUGGGAUGCAAAUCGGGCGGCGCGCGGUACGCGGGGACCUUUCUCGGUGCCAUGGGCAUCUACCCCGCGAUCUCGAAUACCAUCUCCUGGGCCAGCAACAACACGGAAGGUGUUUACAAGCGAGGCGUGACCCUCGGUAUCGUCAUUGGCUGGGGUAACCUCAACGGCAUCGUGUCCUCCAACAUCUACCGCGGCAAGGACGCGCCGACGUUCUAUCCAGGCCACGGCACCGUGCUGGCGUACCUGGUGCUGUUCCUGUUCGGUGGCUCGGUGUUGCAGUAUCUGCUCUUGCGACGGGAGAACCGGAAGCGGCUGAACCGAGAACGCGACCACUGGGUGCAAGGAUUGGAUCAGAGCCAGAUUGAGCUUCUCGGAGAUCAACGGCCGGACUUCAUUUACACGCUGUAA